GACACACAUGGCAAGCAGGGUUGCCAUCACUGCCGCAUCUGGCACGUGACACACGCCCUCACUCUGCCCGCACUAUUCUCACCCCAAAAACAAGAUGAACCGGUGAUCGUUUUUGGAUGGUUAUUGCUGCACUCCCUUCCCGCCCCCACACUCCUAACAACGAUAACAGACAGCAGAGCAGCGCAGCCGGUUUGUCAAUCCCCGACCCGGCGAACUCUACUGAAGGAAAGUACCGCUGUCCUCCAGCAGGGGGCGGAACAACCUCACACACCUGAUGUUUGUUUCUUCUCUCAGCUGGUACACUGGGCCAGUCAGCAGCAGGAUCAGGAUGAGAAGAUGGCUGGCUGUGUGUUUCCAAUGGGACCAGAGAGCUUUCAGCGCUUCACGCCGGACUCCCUGGCGGCCAUCGAGCAGCGCAUCGCCCAGGAGCGGGCACGACGCAACAAACACUACCAGGAGGACCUGGGUGACGUGGUGCUCCCCCGGCCCCGGCCCGACCUGGAGGCAGGGAAACAGCUGCCGCGAAUCUUUGCCGACAUCCCAUCUCAUCUGGUUGGCGUUCCCCUGGAGGACAUCGACCAGUACUACUUCAAAGGCAAGAGGACUUUCAUAGUCCUGAACAAAGGGAAGGCCAUCUUCCGCUUCAGUGCCACGUCCGCGCUCUACAUCUUCAGCCCCUUCAACCCCAUCCGCAGAAUCGCCAUCAAGAUCCUGGUGCAUUCAUUAUUCAGUCUGUUCAUCAUGUGCACCAUCCUGACCAACUGCUGCUUCAUGGCGAUGUCCGAACCGGCGUACUGGGCCAAAUACCUGGAGUACACCUUCACAGGUAUCUACACCUUUGAGUCGUUGAUAAAGAUCCUGGCGAGGGGGUUCUGCGUGGGGCCCUUCACGUUCCUGAGGGAUCCCUGGAACUGGCUCGAUUUCAGCGUCAUUGUCAUGGCAUAUGUCACUGAGUUUGUGGACCUGGGUAAUGUGUCAGCCUUACGGACGUUCAGGGUGCUGCGAGCGCUCAAAACCAUCUCUGUCAUCCCAGGCCUGAAGACGAUCGUUGGCGCUCUGAUCCAGUCGGUGAAGAAGCUGGCGGACGUGAUGAUCCUCACUGUGUUCUGCCUGAGCGUCUUCGCCCUCAUCGGCCUGCAGCUGUUCAUGGGGAACCUGCGGCAGAAAUGUGUCCGCAGCACGACACACUGCCUCAACGACAGCAUGUUAGCCAACGCCUCCUUCCUCUGCAACAACAAGACCUGGGCGUCACUGCACGACUUCAUCAGUAAUGAGGACAACUUCUACAAAGUGGAGGGAGCCAAGGAUGCCUUAAUCUGUGGGAACAGCAGCGACUCAGGGAAGUGCCCGGAUGGUUUUGACUGUCUGAAGGCGGGCAGGAAUCCAAACUACGGCUACACCAGCUUCGACAGCUUCGGCUGGGCCUUCCUGUCUCUGUUCCGUCUCAUGACACAGGACUACUGGGAGAACCUCUACCACCAGACGCUGCGUUCUGCCGGUAAGACCUACAUGGUGUUCUUUGUGGUGGUGAUCUUCCUUGGCUCCUUCUACCUGGUGAACUUGAUCCUGGCCGUUGUGGCGAUGGCGUACGAAGAGCAGAACCAGGCCACCAUCGCUGAGGCCUGCCAGAAGGAGCGCGAGUUUCAGGUGGCCAUGGAGAGGCUGAAGAAGGAGCAGCAGGUCGCGGCACAGAAGCUUCUCGACUCAGACUCAAUGAUGUCUCCUGAUCUCUCCCCAUUCGCCCUCCCAUUGGACGGAUCGGAGGAGAGGAGGCGGAGCCAGGCUCUGGUGGGCGUGGGCGACGUGGAGGCCAACCUAUCAGAGGAGAAGCUGCUGCAGGUGGACAUGAUGGAGGGGGGGAAGCCCCUCCACCCCCUCCUUGCCCGCUCCUUCUCAUCGAGGACGCGGAGGAGCAGUCAGGUGUCGUCCAUCUUUAACUUCCGCCUGCGGAGCCGGGGGUCAGAAGGAGAGAUGGCGGAUGACGAGUACAGCGUGCCAGGGGACGUGACAGAGGGCGUGGGGGGCCGCACCUACAGUGGGGGAACUUUCAGCGGCAUCCUGCCCCACCCCUGGCCGAAACGCAGGCCGAGCACCUUCAGCAACGCCAGCAGGAACUCACAGGUAUUUUAUCCAACUUUAAACGUCAACGGGAAGCUGUUUGUGGCCAUGGACCAGAAUGGGGUUUCCCCCCCACCUCUGCAAGGGCAGCUGCCCGCCUGCACCAUGGAGAAGGUCAAGGAGGAGAGUGUCCCCACCUCCACCACGGAGCUCAGCACCAUGCUGUUACCUCGCCCUUCAUCCACGCAGGGCUCUGUGCAGAGAGGGAGGGCUCUCAGUGCGGCCAGCUACCUCACCGACGCCAUGGAGGAGCUGGAGGAGGCCCAUAAGAAGUGCCAUCCGUGCUGGUACGUGUUCGCCCACAAGUACCUAGUGUGGGAGUGCUCCCCCUCCUGGCUGAGGCUAAAGCAGCUGGUGAACAUCAUGGUGAUGGACCCCUUCCUGGACCUGGCCAUCACCGUGUGCAUCGUCCUCAACACACUCUUCAUGGCCAUGGAGCACUACCCCAUGACCGACGAGUUCAACGGCAUGCUGAGCAUCGGCAACCUGGUGUUCUCCGGGAUCUUCACUGCAGAGAUGUUGCUGAAGAUCAUCGCUCUGGAUCCAUAUUAUUACUUCCAGACGGGCUGGAACAUCUUCGACAGCAUCAUCGUCUGCCUCAGCCUGAUGGAGCUCGGCCUGUCGGACGUGGAGGGGCUCAGCGUGCUCCGCUCCUUUAGACUGCUCCGUGUUUUUAAGCUGGCCCGCUCAUGGCCGACACUCAACACCCUGAUCAAAAUUAUCGGUAACUCCAUGGGCGCUCUGGGAAACCUGACGCUUGUCCUCGCCAUCAUCGUCUUCAUCUUCGCCGUGGUCGGCAUGCAGCUGUUCGGCAAAAACUACCAGGACUGUGUGUGUAAGAUCUCGAAGGACUGCACCCUCCCUCGCUGGCACAUGAAGGACUUCUUCCACUCCUUCCUCAUCGUCUUCAGGGUGCUGUGCGGCGAGUGGAUAGAGACCAUGUGGGACUGCAUGGAGGUUGCCGGGCAGCCACUCUGCUUACUCGUCUUCAUGCUGGUCAUGGUCAUUGGAAACCUGGUGCUGCUGAACCUCUUCCUGGCUCUGCUGCUCAGCAGCUUCAGCUCUGAUAACCUUUCGGCUCCGGACGAUGACGGAGAAAUGAACAAUCUGCACAUUGCCAUCCAUCGGAUCACAAGAGGACUGGCCUGGUGCCGCAGACAGGUUGUAGAUUUUUUCAACGGGAACCUGAAGCGUCGACGUCAGAAGAGGAAAGAAGCCAAAGCCAUGAUGAAGCUCAAACGCCUGAGCACCAUCCACACAGAAGCCAAUGGAGCCGUCAUAGGACGUCAUGUGGAGAAGUACGUUGUCCCCGAGGACGACAGCUACAUGACAAACCCCAACCUCACCAUCAGCGUCCCCAUUGCCCCCGGGGAGUCAGACGUGGAGUUCCCUGAGGAAGAGGAGGAGGAUGAGGGGGAGGAGGGUGAAGAUGAGCAGAGCGAGGGCUCCGAGGAGGAGGAUGAGGAGGAGGAGGAUAGGGAGGAGGAGAAAGAUGUAAUCAGCCAGUCAGAGGGCAGCACAGUGGACCUGAGGAAGCCUGGCGAGGAAGAGGAUGAAUACUCUGAGAUGGCUGAGGAAGCCAUGGACCCGGAGAACUGCUUCCCCGACUUCUGUACAUCCAGGUUCAGGUGCUGUGACGUGGACACGAGUGGGGGUGCGGGGCGUUCCUGGUGGAGGCUGAGGAAGACGUGUUAUCAGAUCGUAGAGCACAGCUGGUUCGAAUCCUUCAUCAUCUUCAUGAUCCUGCUGAGCUCCGGAGCCCUGGCCUUUGAGGACAUCUACAUCGAGCAGAGGAAGGUGGUGAAGGUGGUGCUGGAGUACGCUGAUAAGAUCUUCACCUACAUCUUUAUCCUGGAGAUGCUCCUCAAGUGGCUCGCUUACGGCUUCAAGAAAUACUUCACCAACUACUGGUGCUGGCUGGACUUCCUCAUCGUAGACGUGUCGUUGGUCAGUCUGGUGGCCAACACUUUGGGUUACUCAGAUUUCGCUGCCAUCAAGUCCCUGCGUACACUGCGCGCCCUGCGGCCCCUCAGAGCCCUCUCCAGAUUUGAAGGCAUGAGGGUGGUGGUGAACGCUCUGAUCGGGGCGAUCCCCUCCAUCAUGAACGUGCUGCUCGUCUGCCUCAUCUUCUGGCUCAUCUUCAGCAUCAUGGGCGUCAACCUGUUUGCCGGCAAGUUUGGACGCUGCGUCAACCGCACAGGUCACAUAUACGAGUCAGCCUUCAUCAACAACAAGUCAGAGUGCGAGGCACUCAACGACACCUCGCUCUACUACUGGACCAAGGUCAAGGUCAACUUCGACAACGUGGGGGCGGGGUACCUGGCUCUGCUGCAAGUGGCAACCUUCAAAGGCUGGAUGGAUAUCAUGUAUGCAGCGGUGGAUUCACGAGCUGUGGAAGAGCAGCCCAUCAAAGAGAUCAAUCUGUACAUGUACCUUUACUUCGUCAUCUUCAUCAUCUUUGGCUCCUUCUUCACCCUCAACCUCUUCAUUGGAGUCAUCAUUGACAACUUCAACCAGCAGAAACGAAAGUUAGGAGGACAGGACAUCUUCAUGACGGAGGAGCAGAAAAAAUAUUACAACGCCAUGAAGAAACUCGGCUCCAAAAAACCUCAGAAACCCAUCCCCAGACCUACGAACUCUGUGCAGGGCUUCUUCUUCGACCUGGCGGGGAAGCAGGCCUUCGACAUCAUCAUCAUGGUGCUGAUCCUCUUCAACAUGAUCACCAUGAUGGUGGAGACGGACGAGCAGUCCCCGCAAAUGGAAUACAUCCUGAACAAAAUCAACCUGGCCUUCAUCAUCGUCUUCACCUUCGAGUGCCUCGUCAAGAUUGUGGCGCUGCGCUGCUACUUCUUCACCGUCGGCUGGAACAUCUUCGACUUCGUGGUCGUUAUCCUCUCCAUCGUCGGUAUCGUGCUUGCAGACAUCAUUGAGAAGUACUUUGUGUCACCCACGCUUUUCCGAGUGAUCCGGUUGGCUCGUAUCGGACGUAUUCUGCGGCUCAUCCGAGGCGCAAAGGGCAUCCGGACGUUAUUGUUCGCCCUCAUGAUGUCCCUCCCUGCGCUCUUCAACAUCGGGCUCCUCCUCUUCCUUGUUAUGUUCAUCUACGCAAUUUUUGGCAUGGCGAACUUUGCCUACGUGAAGCGCCAGUCAGGCAUCGAUGACAUGUUCAACUUCGAGACAUUUGGGAACAGCAUGAUCUGUCUGUUCCAGAUCACCACCUCCGCGGGGUGGGACGCUCUCCUCAGCCCCAUCCUCAACAACUCGCCCGAGGAAUGCAACGCCAGCAUUCCCCACACGGGCACCACAGUAAAGGGAAACUGCGGCAACCCGUCGGUGGGCAUCACCUUUUUCGUGACCUACAUCAUCAUCUCCUUCCUCAUCGUGGUGAACAUGUACAUCGCCAUCAUCCUGGAGAACUUCAGCGUGGCCACAGAGGAGAGCACGGAGCCGCUGAGUGAGGACGACUUUGAGAUGUUCUACGAGGUUUGGGAGAAGUUCGAUUCCGAGGCCACGCAGUUCAUUGAAUACGCAAAGUUGUCCGAUUUUGCCGACUCGCUGUCAGAGCCUCUGCGCAUCAGCAAGCCUAAUAAGAUCAAACUCAUCUCUAUGGACCUUCCCAUGGUGAGCGGGGAUAAGAUCCACUGCCUGGACAUCCUCUUUGCAUUCACAAAGCGCGUCCUGGGCGAAUCAGGUGAGAUGGACGCCCUAAAGCAGCAGAUGGAGGAGAAGUUCAUGAUGGCAAACCCAUCAAAGAUCUCCUACGAGCCGAUCACAACCACUUUGAGGCGAAAACAGGAAGACGUGUCCGCCGCCGUGAUCCAAAGGUGCUAUCGGAGGCACCUGGUUCGGCGGCAGCUGAAGGCCGCCUCUUACUUGUACCGCCAGAUCACGACACCUCGGCAUGUGGGGGAGGAAGGAGAAGAAGGAAGCGAGGGGGUAUUUGUGGAGGAAGCGCCUGAGAAAGAAGGGUUGAUUGCCGCCAUGAUGAGGGAAAACUAUGGCUCGAGUUUAAUAGGAAUGGAGCGCUCUGAGACUAUUUCCGCAACCUCUUCCCCGCCAUCCUACGACAGUGUGACGCGAGCCACAUCGGAGAUAUUUCACCCGCUCGCCGCAAAGACAGAUACUACUGCCGUUGACACACAGGGCAGCGAACCGAACGAACAAUUACCCUCGUUGGACAGACAGCAGGACGCCGUUCCAUAGCGGGAAGCGGAAGCAAAAGCAAAAAAAUCCUAGGUUUGGGUUUGUUCCUUUGUUUGAAUGUACCAUAGCUGAGAAACGCUGAGGAAGACGGCAAAGGGAAGCUAUGAGCUAGGAGGAGUUGCUUAAAGGAGCAAACACAGAGGAAUAUUUACUACCUUUAAUGUUAUUUCCUGUUCCCUGUGGGGAUUCCUGGGCUCACUUUGGGAGUUUCUCAAAGGGAACUGCAAAGACUGAGAGGAAAACCCCAUCUGCCUUUGUUGGAGUAAAAGACACAAGAUCCCUUCGACCUCUGGGAUCAUUCAACUGGAGUCGAGGGUUCGGGAAAAAAAUGACUGACCUUUGACCUCAGUUACAACUAUAUCAGAUGUAUCCAUCAUUUAUUGGCCUUGGGGGGUUUGUGCCUUCCCGCAAUUGAUCAAUAUUCUCAGAGUUUGCCUGGCCAUAGGAGGGCGGUGUUCCCGGUGGUGUUUCUCGAAACUUUCUGACUGACUGAGACUCGAGAGAGGAGGGAAAGCGAUGAAUUUUAACAAAUGUUUUCGUAGUAAAAAGUAUAACUUUGUUGAUGUUACCAGUCUUUUAAUAGCGGUACGAUUAUUACUAUUUUUUAUAUUUUUUAGAGUAAGUUGACCAUAAAAAGCAGUAUCUCUCUUUCGAUUUCAGAUUGGCACUAGCCUUGAGAGAGUGGUUGAAGUACCACGCUGUAAUGGACGAGAGGAGAGGGUGCGGUCAGGAUACAAACUAAAAACCUGAAAAGCAACUUCAUCUGUUUUUUGCACUUUAAGUUUACAUGUGCUGUCACUUUACCACACCUGGGCAAAGACACAUUGAAAAAGGGGCCAGGGAUGUAUUUAUUUUUCCUCUGAAACCCUUUGAGAUAACACCAAAAGAAAAUGAAUACAAGUGCACAAUGAGAUUUUCUACACACUCUUGGACUCUUGCAACAUGUGUUUUGCCCUGGUGGUGAACAUCUUCUUUUAUGUCAGUUUUUUCGCCACUGGGUGAUUUGUCCAAAAGUCCUUCUCAAACUUCACGAACAAAGUGGAACCAAAAACUCAUAUUCCAGCUGCAUUAAUACAUUGCAUUAAAAGAAAAGGUUAGUAGGCUUGUAGUGAAAGCUAAUCCAUGACGUUGGAUUUGGCAAGAAUAAAAGUGUCUUUAGUAAAUACCAUUAAACCCUAGUUUAUCAAUUGAAAUGAUUCUUAUGCUCCUUUAUCAAAAUACAAAUUUGAUUAAGCUUUGCUAAAGAAAAAUGCUAAUUGAUUUGUGACAGACGUUCAUAUCAUAAAUCCUCAGGUUGAUUUCACUUCAAAGUAGGGUAAAUAAUGUUAAAUGUAGUUAAAAGGACCAGACUGUUGGUUUGAGACAAGCUUGGCGAAGAUGCAAAUAAUAAAAAUAAGUUUAAGCCUACAACAAACCUUCAGUCUUAGCAUUUUACCGACUGAACAAAGAAAUAUAUUCAUGCAAGUAUAUAUUACUCAGUACGCGUCAGGCUUUAUAAUUCCACCAAUAAAGUCAAAACGGCUUUUUUGACAAAUCACCCACUGUCAUUAUCUAUCCGUCUGGUUUGGAUUGGGCUCGGCAAACACAAGAUCUUAAACCAAAGUCUGGAGGCUAAAUAAGCUUAGGAUAUUUGAGGUGUCGACUGGCCAUGACCGGAGUGUGACAAUCAACUCAGCACAUCAGCAUCAGGAUUUGACAUGUUUCAUUUAUGAAAAGCUUGCGCUGAUCUUCAUAAUUUAGCUUUCAUUACGUCACCAGUGUCGUGGAAAAAAAGCUGUCUUCAAAACACAAAACUAUGCAGCUACUAUUUGUAUUCAAUGUCAGAAACCAAUGAGCGUCUGCAGAUUGAAAUCCAGACAUAUUAUUGUUAAGGAGCAACUUUCCCAUUACUUUACAAGCUCAGGCUUGCUUAGACCAAAACAUUUUCAGAAAAAAUAUCUUAAGAAUGAACAACAAAUGCUCAAGAAAAACAAAGUGCCAUAACUAUGUUCCAAAGGCCCAUUAUUCCGAAAGCCCAAUUCCUCAAAAAAUGCCCUGUUGACAGGAUGAGACCCAUCUGUCGAGAGCCCAGACUCCCAAAAAAUAGAGACACAUUUUUUAGAAAAUGCAUGAAAUGUUUAGAGUGAACAGGCUCUCAGAAAACCAAACCUUUUCAGACAAUAGGAUUUUGUGAAUGGUCCAUUGGAAGAGCUGGCCAUCGGGAAAAUACGCAGGUCCUAGUCAAACAGGGUUUGUCUGUGUUAAACCAAAAUAGACCCAGGAGUCAUUUAAAAAUGGCCGCUGCUGAGCAAGUUUUCCAGAACACUGACGUGACGCUUGAAGCUUGAAGCUUUUAUUUUUCUGUAAAAUUCUACGAAGAGUUUCUUUUCAGAUGUGAGGGAAGAAGUGAAUACAUUCGGAUUCCUAUUUGGAAGUUUAAUUUCUUAUUUAAAAAAAUGUAUGCAUGGUUUUACAAAUUACUGGGGCAGGUAAACCCAGAGAACAGUUGUCUAUACAGUAUAAAUAUUAUAGCCUUUUACAUGAAUACAAAUGAUCGAUAUCAAAGUGAUAUCCCAUUUUGAAAAGACACUCUUCUAUUCAAAUCAUCUUGUAAUUUAUUGAUUUAUUUAUUUAGUUUUUUCUGAUUGAUUGCUUUAUUUCAAAGAUAGUCUUUUUUAUUAUUUUUGCACGCUUUAGCUGCAUCCAGAAAGACAGCUCUUUGUCCAUUUUGCACAGAGAAACAAAAAACAAAGGGGCGCGUCUAGCAAUAAUGGUUUGCCGAUACACUUCUAAGUGGAAAACAUUUGACUUUACUGAAGUUUUCUCACUGUAUGAAUCUGAGGAGGAAUGUUUGCCACAAAAACACGGUGCAGGUGCAUACAGUGUCAUGAGGCCGAUGUGGAGCCGUGUUUGCGCUUGUUUUUAUUAAGAUGAAGUGUCAAAGUGUGUGUGUACAGUCUGCUUUGAUCUCAAUAUUUCGAACAACCUCUCUCUCUCUGUCUCUGUUGUUGUGGUCACCCGAGGGAUCUUUACUAAGCGCUUUACUAGACUUUAGAAAAGUAACAAAAACAAAUCAAAAAAAAUCCGUUUUACUGGCAGCGCCUGGACUCUAUUUCUACUAGAUUCUAUUGAGAAUAGACAACCAUAUAAACUAGGUAAAUACUUAAGACACUGCUGAACUCUGCUGCGAGGCGUAUUUCAGGUUGCAGUUGUGCUGAAGGGCUGUUUUCAGUAGCAAUAGACCCAGAGUGUGCCUGCUACAUAAGAACCCCACACCCCAAGCCAUGCGUUCAUUGGUUGAUUGAUAAAGUGCUUGAUCGGCAGACUGGUUGAGGCUUUCAUUUCUUAACUGAGUGAUUAUUUGACUGGUCGGUUGGCUGAUUUCUGAAAUGAUUCUUAUGCUUUUUAAUAUUGAACGAGGUUCGUCCCCCUCCAUCACCGCUGUGACUCUUCCUCGUAAAGUUGUCGAACAAACAGCACAGAGAGCUGACUGGCUGAUUUGGUUCUCUAUUUUUUACUUUGAAAAGAUCAAAAAGCUUCAGAUUCGCUAAAGACUGCAGGGGAAAAAGUGCAUUUUUGUGUUUAAACAGGUAACAAGAGACCCCGUUUGGGGGAUUUAGGGGAAUUUGUCCUGCAGUACUGUGAGGGGCCAAUGGUGGAAAUUGGCAGCACUAUCUUUAAGGAGUACUUUACCAACAAAAUGACCAUUCAUUUACCAGUUACUCACCUAGUUUCAUCCUAAUUUCUGUGGAAUGGAAGUAAUGUGGCCAAGUUUAGCAACUUUAAAGUUUCUUAAACACAUGCAUUUGAACUCAAAUCUUACUGUUUCAACUUCUGCAUAGACAGUCCAAUGCACGGACUUGCAGUGACCUGCACAAGCAGAUUAUAUAAGAAAAGGCCUGUUUUGGGGUAAUAGUCAGCAAACAACUGGAUAAAUGUGCUAUGGAUUUGGUGUUGUUAAACCUGGAUUUUCUCUAUUUUCAUUCUCCGUUGAGGAAUGUGGGAAAAGCAAUGUUUUUCAAGAGUGAAUCGUAACCCGUUCAGUUGAUUAAUGUUGUAAUUUAAAGGGUAAACUAUUUCACCAUGUCUCACAAUACCACUUCUUAAGCAACAGCAGAGGAACAACAGGCACAACGUUUCCCUCACAGUGUAACUUCAGUGAAUCUGGAGCUUUAGACUCUGGUUUGCACUGAGCACAAAAACACAGCCUUUACUGUCAGGGCAGUAAACUGGUCUGAAGCUCAGAGUUGUUCACAUGAAUUCCAACAUCAGCUCUCGGUACAUGAACUACACUCCACGACACUACUGGCGGGAAAAACCUUCAAAAUAACCCCCAACAUGUCUGCGCAGGAAACGAAGAUCUGUCACUUUACUUCCUGUUGAGAUUUUGAAAAAUUAAAGCAAAAAAAUCUUAUUUUGGAGGAAAACUACCAACUUUGCUCUGAGCUGUGGGUCGGUCCAUGUGGUGCUACCAGGGGUUAGGAAGAGUCCAAAUUAAGAUUAGAGGGGGGGGGGGGGGGGUGUUAAAAACACAAACUGAGAAUCUCUGCUCCUUCCUGCCUUCUUUUACCCGUUUCAAAACCAAAAGCUGCUUUGUCACCUUCAAAAUAAAACGACAAACAUCUGCGGAAUCAACACGGAGGAAAUGCACAGAAAACAAGUUUCAUUGUUCAUUAUUAUUACUAUUGUUACUAUAAACUGUGUGAUAAAUGCAAUACAUCAGUUAUGUAAACAGGCAGUGAGUGAUGCUGUAUCUAAUUUACAGUACGAGGAUAAUAACGAUGAUGUUUUUACUGUUUUCCUCGUCAUUAAUUUGCUUUUUUCCAAGCAUUCUCUCACUGCUUAUUAACCACGUCGCCCCGUUUACACUGAGCUGGUUUCACAACGGUUGUUAAAAUCUCUCCGGCUUCAUAUCAGUUCCUCAGAAACCCCAUAUCUCAAGAAAGUUGCCUUUUUCCAAAAAGGGAGGGGAGAUUAUGUCAAAUUGUACACCUCCUGAAUUGUCCUUUAUUCCAGCAAAAAAAUUGGGGAAAUUCCUCAGAGAUUUCCACAAAAAGCACGUUGAAAAAGGUUGGAGAUAAGACGUUUCUAGAUACAAACGGUUAUUGUGGUUUUUGCUGAAAAAGCAGGUGUGCAUUAUAUUUGCUGGAUGAAAACCUUGUAAAUCAAGAUGUUGAACUUAAGGAUAAAAAGGAAGCAUUAGAGUGUUUUCACUCCAUCACUGAGCACUGAGUACUUUAAAAAAUACAAUUUUAAAGUCUAUUUCCAAAACAAGUUACUAGGUUUUCCUCCGACCUCUCGCUCUGCAACCGUUGUUAACAUCAUGUGAAACCUCAGUGUAAAGAGGGCGAAAGCCGUGCCUCAGUGACCCCACCUUGGUGUUUUAGACACAAUAAUAAUAACUACAAUGAUUAUGAUAUGAAUAUAUAUAUAUAUACUUUUUAGUACUUUGAGUUGAAAUACUUUUUAGUAUUUUGCAAAUACAUGUCUCUGUAUAUAAAAAACAAAAGCCUCCUGUAAUAAAUGAGAAAAAAAUUUAAUACUGAA